AAAAUGAGCCUGUUCGGCAAAAUUUUCGGAGGCAGGAAGCAAGAAGCUCCGUCUACUCCACAAGAAUCUAUUCAAAAACUUCGGGAAACAGAGGAGAUGCUUGAGAAGAAACAAGAAUUCUUGGAGAAAAAAGUUAUCGACGAAAAGCAAAAUGCCGUGAAGUAUGGAACGAAAAACAAGCGAAUGGCUCUCCAGUGUUUGAAUAGAAAGAGAAAUUUCGAGAAGCAGUUGGCCCAUAUUGACGGAGUUUUGUCUACUAUCGGAUAUCAGAGAGAAGCCCUCGAAAAUGCUUCAACGAAUGCUGAAGUUCUCAAUGUUAUGGGAACUGCUAGCAAGGCGUUGAAAGCGGCUCAUAACAACAUGGAUAUCGACCAAGUUCAUGAUUUGAUGGAAGACAUAGCUGAGCAACAAGAAGUGGCAAACGAAAUCGCUGAAGCUAUUUCAAACCCUGUCGGCUUCAGCACCGCAGUUGACGAUGACGAUUUGAUGCGCGAGUUGGAGGCUCUUGAACAGGAAGAACUUGACAAAGAAUUGCUUGAUGCGAGAGCUCCACCAGUCACGCUUCCGGAUACUCCAAAUAUUGCACUUCCAGCAGUUCCGGCUUCCAGACCGAGAGCGAAAGAAGCUGACAAGGAUCUCGAAGACCUCGAAAGCUGGGCAAACGCGUGAUAGAACUGCUCUAAGUCACUUUCAUAUUUAAUUUUCCGUUAUUUUUGUUUAAUUUGCAUCCCCUUCAUCAAUCCUACAAUUCUCCUAAAUCAACUUUCGAAUUACGACAAAUUCAAAUAGUUGAAUGAUACCCCCGAUUUCCGUUUAGUCAUUUCAUUCAAAACAAAUUUUCCCAAGGCUCAAUGCUCAUAAAAUUGUAACAUAUUAUCGAGCUUUCCGGAAAUUUGUCAUUCUAUACAUCUUGCUCCCCUUCUCCCAAAUCUUCCAAACAAUUGUGUAUGUAUUAUAGUUCCAACUUUUAUUAUAAAUUCAUUCUGCCAAA